CCCAGAAUCCACCGCACAGAUCAAAACAAACAAGAAGAUCGGCUGUCGGAGGCCCCUUAACUCUCAAAUGUAGAGAUCAUUAAUUGCACCCAAAAAAUAGCCGCUUAGUAUUGCUGUUUACACAUUCUCAGAGCAAAUAAUCUGAACAAGCUACAGGAGAAAAGCCUAUAAGAGAGUUUACGCAAUAUAAACUCCCCCGGGCUCUGAUGGAUGCUUCCACUACAGCUUCACUGAUGUUCUUCUAAAAAGAAGAAAGUUAAAGUUAAUAAUUAAAGUUUAUUUUUUCUUAGCACUUUCUUCUGUAAAUCUCUGAUGUCUAACACAUUUUUUUAAAAUAUCUCACCAUGGGUGGAGCAGUGAGUGCUGGUGAAGAUAAUGAUGAUUUAAUUGAUAACCUUAAAGAAGCCCAAUAUAUUCGCACUGAAAAAGUUGAACAAGCCUUUAGAGCAAUUGAUCGUGGGGAGUAUUACCUGGAGGGAUAUAGGGACAAUGCAUACAAAGACUUGGCUUGGAAACAUGGAAACAUACACUUAUCUGCUCCUUGCAUCUAUUCAGAAGUUAUGGAAGCCCUCAAACUUCAACCUGGAUUGUCUUUUCUUAAUCUUGGAAGUGGAACAGGCUAUUUAAGUACAAUGGUGGGCUUAAUAUUAGGUCCUUUUGGCAUAAACCAUGGAAUUGAGCUUCAUUCAGAUGUUGUUGAAUAUGCCAAGGAAAAGUUGGAAACGUUUAUAAAGUACAGUGACAGCUUUGACAAAUUUGAGUUUUGUGAACCUGCUUUUGUGGUUGGUAACUGUUUGGAGAUUGCAUCAGAUAGUCCUCAGUAUGACAGGAUCUACUGUGGAGCUGGCGUCCAAAAAGACCAUGAAAACUAUAUGAAAAUUAUAUUAAAAGUCGGAGGCAUAUUAGUUAUGCCCAUAGAAGAUCAGCUUACACAGAUACAGAGAACUGGGCAGAAUACUUGGGAAAGUAAAAAUAUCUUGGCUGUUUCAUUUGCGCCUCUGAUGCAACCAAAUAAAAAUGACAACAACAAAUCUGAUGCUGUAAGAUUACCUUCCUGUUCUGUUCGAAGCCUUCAAGACUUGUCUCGUAUCUACAUUCGUCGCACACUUAGAAACUGCUUGAAUGAUGAGAUGCAGGCAAAAGGUAUUUUUGCCAAGCCCCCGCCAAAACGGAAAAGGAGGAGGUGCCGCAGGCGCCGCAUUAACACUUAUGUGUUUGUUGGCAAUCAACUUAUUCCACAACACUUAGAUAGUGAUGAUGAUGAAAAGAUUGAUGAGGACAGCAAAGAAGAAGAAAAAGAUCAUACUGAAGUUUUGAAACCUGAAGAACCUCAACAGAAUCUACUCAGAGAAAAAAUUAUGAGCUUGCCGCUCCCUGAAUCUUUAAAAGCAUACUUGACCUACUACAGAGAAAAAUGAUCGACUUGAGUUUAAAGCUUUUACACCUGCUGAUAAUUGUACUUUUUGAAAAUGUAGCAUUUGUUAAGAAUCAACUUAGCAGAUAAAACUGAUAUUUGAAAACAAAAUACCUUGGACACCUUAACUCUCCUUUCAUCACUUUAGUUUAUUUUUUUAAAUCUAUAUUUUCUUUACAUUUUGAGAUACAAUGUACACAGGUUUUUAUCUGUAACAGGUUAUCGCAAAGUGAUAGGGUAUAUGUUGCAAAUUAAAAACGCAUCUUUCUGUGAGUAUUUUCUAGUAGAUAAGGCAUUUGAUUCCCAAGCCUUGUGCACAAUAAAGCACAUUUGGGGCAGUCUAUUGUGGUUUUUGGCUGCUGUCAUAAUAAUCUCUCUAAAAAAUAGCAAGAUACAUAAAUGGCAGUGAAAUAUAGGCAAAAAUAGCAUUUUAAUAAGUUCCAUCAUUUAUGGUAUAAUUUACUGUUUAAAGGUAUCAACAUCUUUAAACAAUGUUUUCCUUAAAAUAUAUAAAGUAAAAAGCCUAAACCCACACAUUUGUUAUAUACUUACUGUAAUUCCUUUGUUUUCAAAACAUUAAAUUUGUGUUUGAUAAUUUAUCAAUAAUUUGUUUAAUAGUGUUGUUACUGUAAAGAACGAACUGUAAUUGAAAGAGGUCUUGUAAUUACUAAAAAGAUAAAGUAUACCAUGUACUGUUAAUAACUUGGAUUUUUGAGUAUUCAGUUUAGUCAGUGAUUUCUGGAUUAGCUUCAAUAUUCUAUUUACAGGGAAGGUUAAGAUUCCACUUAAUACUUUUCCUAGGAUGAGACAACCUGGAUUUUUAGUAGAAUAUUUAGUACAUAAAGUAGAAUACAUAGUGAUAUGUACAUUUAUAUGUUUCAUCUUGCUGCCUGGCUAAUUUCUUACUCUUUGCAGCUCUCCUUUUCAUGUUUAGGCCAGAUGGGGAAAAAUGUGUUGGCAAGUGCGAAUUGUAUAGAUUUGUCAGUGACUUUCUAGGUUAACUGUCUCUAGAAAUGAAGCAUGAGUAACAGUUUUUGAAUUUCCUACAUCUAAGCCUUUCUUUUUAGGUCAACAAAACAUGGUAUUGAACAAUAUACUACAAUGGCCAGCUUCAAAUAUAUUCUUGUGCUAUUAGUAUUCAAACCUCUAAGUGCACAAUAUUUAAAAGAAUGUGUCUUUCAUUUUCUAGAAAGUGGCUUUCUGGAUAUUUUAUUUGCAUUAAUAGUCAAACAAAGGUUAAAAAAAAACACUGAGAAAGUAAUUUGUUUUAUUUUUCUUGAGGCACAAAUAUCUUAACAUUCCUACCAUGUCAUUUUCACCAGCUAAACAGUUACCUAAUCAUUAGGAAGGGCAAUAUAGACAAUAACAUUAUUUUUGUGACAAUUUAUACCAGAUAUACAUCUUUGUCGGAAAAUACAGUAACUUUAAAAUAGUAUGGCAAUAUUUGUCAGUUUAUGAAUCCACAUUGACUUAUCUGACAUGUAAAUAUCUAUAGCCACCUUCACCUUUUUAUGUAGCAUAUUUUGAAGCUUGAAAUAGAUUUUGCUCCACAUUGCUGUGGCAGUUGCUUGGUUGUAAUCUGUGGAAAUAUUGUUAGGCAUUUAAGGUGGCUUAAUUUGAAGUCCAUUUUUAAAGUGUGUAAUAUAACUUUCUUUAAACUGCCGAGGUUGUCAUAGCUGCUUUAUUCUGGUUUAUAAUUUUUUUUUUAGUAUGUAAUUCUGAAAAUUUAAAUGACUUCCUCAUCUUUGGUUUAAAAACGCCUGAGCUGUUCGGUGUGGCAUCUUAGUUAGCUAACUUAUAAAUAUUUACAAUCAGAUUAUUUCCAAAACUGUGAACUCAGUUGUAAAGUGUAUGGUGUUCUGGGUUGUUGGACAGUGACAAUAGCUUAUUCAAGUUUAAACUGAUAUGUAUAAAAUGCUUUUGUAGGAUGCCUGCACUCGCUCAUUCAUUUAAUUGCACUCUUUGAAAAUACGGUUAAUGUUUCCUGACGAUUCUUCAUGUUUGGUUUCUGUCUAUAUUCUCAAUAAAUGAUUUUCUCAUUCUUU